AUGGUCCCUCUGACUACCUGGCUGUCCAUCGCAGUCCUUCCUUGAAAAUCUCAACUGAUGACUCCUCUGGAACAUCCUGGAGCAGUGAAUCACCACUCCCCGGGCUCGAUCGACGCGUCGGAUCAACGCGACAGCGUCGCACGUCGAGUACCGCGGAGUACGCGGUGGAGCGGUCCACCGGACCGCUCCACCAUGACCGGAGUGUCGGUCCGCAGUGCAGUUGGGCUUUGCCGGUGGACCGGACACGACGUUCUGCAUGGGACGAAAAAAGGGGGCGUUGGGCGACCAAAAACGCGGAGGGCUGAGAUCCGGCUGGUCCUGGAUUUGGUGAAAUUGGAGGGCGCCGGUUUUCGUGGCCUCCAUACCAUUCCAUGCCUCAAAGAAGCCGGCAUGAGUCGCUUGAUGAACCACUUGCGUAGGAUCGCCGCCGCCGCACUGGGCCGCAGCGGCCUGGUGCGGCAGUUGCUCGAGGCCAAGGCGGACGUGGACGCCGCCAACCCCAGCGGAGCCACAGCGCUCAUCGCCGCGGCCUUCGCCGGUGACGUGGCCACCCUGGAGCUGCUGCUGGCGCAGUCGGCGUCGCUGGAGCGCAAGACGCGGAGCGGCGUGCGCGCGCUGCAGGCCGCGGUCGAAGGCAAUCAAUCCGAAGCCGUGGAGCUCUUGUUGUCCACGGGCGCCGAGCUGGAUGCUGCCGAUGCCGUGGGCGCCACCGCGCUGCACCGCUGUGCCACGGCGGGCCUCGCGCCGCUGGCGCAGCGGCUUUGCGCCGCGGGCGCCGCGGUGGACGCGGCCAGCGCGGAGGGCUUGACGCCGCUGAUGCUGGCGGCGAUGCGGGGGCAUAGUGACGUCAUGGCGGAACUGCUGGAGUUUGGCGCCGAGCUGGAACUGGAAGAUGCCAAAGGUGGCACGGCACUCUUCCAAGCAGCGAGCACAGAGGGCACCGAUGAAGAGACCGAGUUGGAGACGCAGACGUCGCAACCAACGGAGGCUUUGUUGCCUCCGAACGCGGAAGAUCCGGAGGACAAGGGGCUGCACCCGAUGUCAGUCUCCCGGAGAUGUACGGACUGGGGAUGGCACUUGCCCUUCUUGGUGAUGAUAGCAGGGUCAGUGUGGAUCACGCGCUACGCGCAACAGAACGCUAAGAUUGACAAUAUCUUCACGGCACCCGACUUUUUGGGCUACAAAUGCGGCCAGAAGUUUCGACCACAUGAGCCCUACCUCUACUUCUGCAUGGAACCGCCGCCCGUCCUCGACAGCAACGCCACGGACGAGGAGAUCGCCGAGAGCGCCGCAGCGCGACGCUUGAACGCGCGCUACCCCAUUUGUGUCAGCGAAUGCCCUAGCAGCUCCAAUACCUCAAGCCGUUGCUUCGUGAAGGAGACCUCCAACAACUUGAUCAGCCAAUUGAGGGAGGAUGCCCUGAAUUUCUUCGCUUGGCAAGAGGUCGAGGACUACCCGUCCUGGCCCGCCGCAGACCUCGUGUGCCGCCCUGAUCCGGACGUGGCACCUCAGCUCUUUGAACACUGGGAGGCCGCCAUUCUGACCACGCCGCAGAACGUCCGGUUGCUUUUAUACUUGGCCCACUGGAAGAUCGCACUGUACCCUAUCACUUUGUCUGCUCUUUUCUCGCUGAUGCUUGGCAAAGCACACAUUUUUGGAAGCAGCGACCAAAGCCACACUGUGAUAUGA